GCGCUGGAGAGCAAUCCCCAUAGGGAAGCCUUGAGCGCCCACCUGCGCAGGUGCAGAAAGGAAAGCAGGCAGGAAGAGGGUCCCGCGCUGUGUCGGCUCCUCCUUUUCCGAGGGGAGAUCCAAGGAUGGACUUCAACAUGAAGAAGCUGGCCUCCGACGCCGGGGUCUUCUUCACCAGGGCCGUCCAGUUCACGGAAGAGAAGCUGGGCCAGGCGGAGAAGACCGAAUUAGAUGCGCAUUUUGAGAACCUCCUGGCGCGUGCGGACAGCACCAAGAACUGGACGGAGAAGAUCCAGCGCCAGACGGAGGUCCUGCUGCAGCCGAACCCAAGCACCCGGGUGGAGGAGUUCCUCUACGAAAAGCUGGACCGGAAGGUCCCUUCUCGGGUCACCAACGGUGAGCUCCUGGCCCAGUACAUGAUCGAGGCCGCCAACGACUUUGGCCCAACAUCCCCCUACGGGAAAACCCUCAUCAAAGUGGGUGAGACGGAGCGGCGCUUGGGUGGUGCUGAGCGGGACUUCAUCCACUCGGCUUCCAUCAACUUCCUGACCCCGCUGCGCAACUUCCUGGAGGGCGACUGGAGGACCAUCUCGAAGGAGCGUCGGAUCCUGCAGAACCGGCGCCUGGACCUGGACGCCUGCAAGGCCCGGCUCAAGAAGGCCAAAGCCGCCGAAGCCAAGGCCGCGUGUGAGGGAGAUGCCGUGCCCGACUUUAACGAGACUAGACCACGUAAUUACAUUCUCUCUGCCAGCGCCUCUGCGCUGUGGAGCGACGAGGUGGAAAAAGCGGAACAUGAGCUCCGGAUGGCUCAGACGGAGUUUGACCGGCAAGCGGAAGUGACCCGCCUCCUCCUCGAAGGGAUCAGCAGCACCCACGUCAACCAUCUCCGCUGCCUCCAUGAGUUUGCAGAAGCGCAGACGACCUACUAUGCCCAGUGCUACCAGUACAUGCUGGACCUCCAGAAGCAGCUGGGCAAUUCCAGAGGAGAAAUGCUUCCGGGGACUUUUGUGGGCAACGCGGAGUCCGUCUCCCCUCCGCCGGACAAUGCUUCCCCUACUGUUGCCGCCGCCGCCGCCUCCGUCGCAGGCCCGGCCGUGCCCACCAUCCCAGUUGUGCCCACUGCUGUCGGUGCCCCGGGAUCCGCUCCGGCCGUGGAAGCGCUCAACGCCAGCGACGUGAAGCCUCCGGCCAGCGGCACCCGCAAGGCCCGCGUCCUCUACGACUACGAGGCCGCCGACAGCAGCGAGCUCUCCCUGCUCUCCGACGAGAUGAUCAUGGUGUACAGCCUCCCAGGGAUGGACCCCGACUGGCUCGUCGGCGAGAGAGGCAACCAGAAGGGCAAGGUCCCCGUCACCUACUUGGAACUGCUCAGCUAAGCACACACUCCCGAAGCAAAGCUUCCUCGGCAUCAUUUUUGUCCCCCCCCCCCCAAAAGGGUUUUUAUCCAAGACCAUUUGCUCGUUUCCGGUCGGAUUAUAUUCCCUUCCUCUUCACUUUGGGUCGAGGUCUCACC